GGUGCCCGAGAAACCUUUGAGAACUACUACAGGAAGCAGAGAAGAAAACAAGCUCGACUGGUCCUGCAGCCUCCUUCCAACAUGCACGAGACAUUGGAUGGCUACAGGAAGUAUUUCAAUCAAAUUGUAGGGUUUUUUGUGGUUGAGGAUCACAUCCUGCACACGACGCAGGGACUGGUCAACCGAGCUUAUAUUGAUGAGCUGUGGGAGAUGGCCUUGUCCAAAACCAUUGCAGCACUAAGGACACAUUCAUCCUACUGCUCCGACCCGAGCCUGGUGUUAGACUUGAAGAACCUCAUCGUGCUCUUUGCAGACACACUCCAGGGAUAUGGCUUCCCAGUGAACCAGCUCUUUGACAUGCUGUUGGAGGUCCAAGACCAGUAUAGUGAAACUCUGCUGAAGAAAUGGUCAGGAGUUUUCAGAAAUAUCCUCGAUUCAGACAACUACAGUCCCAUCCCAGUAACAAAUGAAGAUGUGUAUAAGAAAAUAGUUGGACAGUUCCCAUUCCAGGAUGCAGAACUUGAAAAGCAACCAUUCCCAAAGAAGUUUCCCUUCUCUGAGUUUGUGCCUAAAGUUUACAAUCAGAUUAAGGAAUUCAUCUAUGCCUGCCUGAAGUUUUCCGAAGACCUUCACCUGAGCUCCACUGAAGUUGAUGAUAUGAUCAGGAAAUCUACAAACCUGCUGCUGACCCGAACACUGAGCAACUGCUUACAGAAUGUCAUCAAGAGGAAAAACGUCGGGCUGACGGAGCUUGUCCAGAUUAUUAUAAACACAACCCAUUUGGAGAAAUCUUGCAAGUUCCUGGAGGAAUUCAUCACCAACAUCACCAAUGUCUUGCCAGAAACUGUCCACACCACCAAGCUCUACGGGACCACAACCUUCAAGGACGCUCGCCAUGCAGCUGAGGAGGAGAUCUACACCAACCUGAACCAGAAGAUUGACCAGUUCUUGCAGCUGGCAGACUACGACUGGAUGGCCAUGGAGCCAGGCAGCAGGGCCAGUGACUACCUUGUGGAUCUCAUUGGCUUUCUACGCAGCACCUUCGCAGUCUUCACCCACCUGCCGGGGAAGGUGGCGCAGACAGCAUGCAUGUCAGCCUGCAAACACCUCUCCACCUCGCUGAUGCAGCUGCUGCUGGAGGCUGAAGUGCGGCAGCUGACGCUCGGGGCCCUGCAGCAGUUCAACCUGGAUGUGGAGGAGUGCGAACAGUUUGCCAGAUCCGGCCCAGUGCCUGGGUUCCAAGGGGACACGCUGCAGUUGGCCUUCAUCGACUUGAGACAACUCUUGGAUCUGUUCAUCCAGUGGGAUUGGUCAACGUAUUUGGCUGACUAUGGGCAACCCACAUGCAAGUAUCUUCGUGUGAACCCCACAACAGCCCUCGUCCUGCUGGAAAAGAUGAGAGACACGAGCCGAAAGAACAAUGUGUUUGCCCAAUUCCGGAAGAACGAGCGGGACAAGCAGAAGCUGAUUGACACCGUGGCCAAGCAGCUCCGCAGCCUCAUCAACAGCCACCACUCAUGA